GCUGCGCGACGCUCCAGCCCUCCGGCCGUCGGCCGCGUACGAAGCGCGUCGACUCCAGUUUUGGACAAACUUGCUCGCGGGAGGGUGUUCGGCGUACCGCUGCGCUCUGCGUGCCGUGGGGGCCCGUGCCCCGUUUGGAGUAUAACCGCGCCCGGACUGCGGUGCUCGCCAUGCUGAAGCACGUGCACACGUCCACGUCAACCCUGUCUCCGUUCCGCUGCAUCAAGACCCAGGCCAACGACGCGCUGAGCCUCAACAGCAGCGUGAGCUUCGGCAGUGGAGGAGCCGAGCAACUGUCUUCGCGCUCUUCGAGCACGAGUAGCCUGCACGAGGCUCUGCCGCCCAGGAAGAGGUCGCCGUUCCGAUCCGGGGAUGAUGAGUUGACAAUGGUGAAGGUGUAUGCCCGCGUGCUUUGCGCGGACAUGGAGUACAAGACACUGUCCAUCGACCCGGGCACGUCGAGCACGGACGUGGUGCGGAUGCUGCUGAACAAGUUCAAGAUGAAGCACAGGGACCCGAACCUCUUCUACCUGACCAUGGAGGUGUGGAUGCGCAAGACGGGCAUCCCCAUCCGGACUAUCAUGGUGCUCGACGACGAGGCCCGCCCCGUCGAGCUCCAGUCCUGCCACCCCAAGGGCGAGUCCAAGUUUCUGCUGCAAAUGAGGCGAGGGGGCUUGGUUAAAGUUUACGACAGCUGCCUCAUGGCCGGGUCCUUGUACAAAAGCCUUCUGGUAUCCGAGCGGACAACGGCGGAGGAAGUUGUCCAGUUGGUCCUCCAUUGCUACAACUCCAGCGAAAGGGCAUCAAAGUUCUCCCUCUACGAAAUGUGCCCAGUAAAAAAUUACGAACGAGCGCUUCACUCUCAUGAACUCCCCCUGAGGAUCCAGCAGAACUGGCCAUCCCCGGAACAUUUUGCUUUCCACCUGAGGAGAAAUCAGGAAGGGACACAUCAAAAGCGUCAACUCCCAUGGACGUGCCAAACAGACUUGUCUGGCCACCUCAACUUCCGGCUGAACGCCUCACGCAACGAGCUCAGUCCCGCAGCUAUCCACUCACCCACGCUGAAGCCAUCGUACAACAACUACGAGAACUGCUUUUAUAUCUGAGAAUGUCUAAAGUGUCAAAGUGUCAUGCUACAACUACAGUCGCACAACGAGACAUCGGCGUCCAAGCAGCGUUCAGUGUGCAACGCCUAACACUGCCGCGCAUCAAGUGUCGUAGAAAGCUAUGAAGGUGUGAUUGAUCUUCCUAUGCUGAACUGCUGAGACAAAUUCACCGUUGACAACACUGUAUGUAUGUGCAUAGAGAAGUGCACUUUGGAGUGACACGAACCGGACGCCCGGAAGAAUUGCUGAGGGUGCAAGCGCCUUAUGUUUAGCUGUGACCAACGAAUGAGGAUCAUCAUAAGGCAUGGCAUGAAACUGCCUGUAUGGCUAUCGCAAGACUGCAUCGGUGCCAGUACAUUUUCUGUUGUAACAUAAAAUGCUGAGAGCUACUCUCUUAAUUGAAAGAUAGCAAUAUUGCUCCACCGUCCGACAACUGCUCAACAUCAAGUUACACCGCUUAUCAAACUAUGCUUGUUCCAUUUAAGUAUUUAAGUAAAUUCUUCCCUUCUAGCGAAAAACUCCUAUGGUGCAGGUUUUGCCUCACUUGUGGUCAUUUUUACCAUUGUCUCAACUUUGGUUCAUUACAUAAUGCAAUCGAGCUGCUCAGACCCAUUGCAUGAAUUCUGAACUCUUUAUUUUAAGAAAUAUUUUACUUGCUUAACAAUGUAGCUUUAUUCUACAGUACUUGGUGCCCAUUCUAUCUAUCUAAACAUUUUGGUAAGCAAUUCCUAAAGAUAUAUUAGAAUAAACGCAGAAGUUUGCUAAAAAAAUAUUUGUAUGUCUCCUCUAAUAUACAAAUUCCGAGUUAUUAUUAAUUAAUUUGAUAUUUGCUUUACAGAAUGAGCUUGUUGCAGUGAUUUAUCUGUGACAACUCGCCUCCCCUCUAGCCAAAAAUGAGCCAUGUCUCAGAAACUCGGAAGCUCUAUUAUACACCUGCAUGUGGACCAUUGCAUGAGCUCCUUGUGCUUCCCCCAAACGAAUGGCCUUAUCGAGUGCUUCGACCACACCCUUUUGGACCUUAAUUUAAUACAGUAUGUUAACUCUAAACCCUCGAUCUGCAACGAAAUCCUACCCUCUGCCACCUUCGCUUAUAAGUCGGCCAUGCAGGCUAUCACUAUAUUAUGUUGCUACUUGUCUAGACCUAAGAACCACAUAUAUGAACCAGAUAUGAUUGUCUGUGGUUAAACUCGCCUACCGUUUGCAAAACGUUUUUUUCUUUCGUUAAACCAAAUUACUCGCUAAGCAACUUGACAAAGCUCCUUAUAUAAUAAUAGCUCUAUAUGCAAAAAAAUUCAUAAAAAUAGUAUUUGAAAAAUGGUGAAUUUUUAUUUUUUUUAAAAGCGCUCUUAGACGUCAUGGUUGCAGACAGCAAAAUCCCUUUUGCCUUCGUCACAUUUUUUUCUUUCUCUAAAUUUCGCGACGACUUUUCGAUCUUUCUCUUUUUCUCUCUCUCUUAGGUUAGAGCGAAUGAGCUGCGGUAAACGUGACGUGUUCUACGUGUCAUGUUUUAUGGUCAGAAACAGUCCCUUAUGAAGAAACAAAUGUGUUUAGCGAAAUUCUCCGUUUUGAUGUGUGAUUUUUAGAUAAACUUUCGCUGUUUAGUUGAAAAUUUUCGAGGCAUAAUUGAAAUUGUACUAAUAAUAAGGCUCACUUCACUAUUUCAAAAUAAUGUUCUUGCCAUGUUAACAGUAUACAAGGCAUCUGUUUUUGAUUGAAUGGUCCUAUGCAGCUUCUGACUUUGUGUACUGAAAUGUUUUUUAGAUGACAUGGGUACCCGGUAUUCUUUACCAAAGAGAGAUGUAGGAGCAUCAGGAAAUGUCGGUUUAUCGGAGAAGCAGUGAAAGAAUCGCCAAUUCAGAUGCAAGAUAUGCUCAGUAAUUCGCAAGUGUGAACUUCUUAUCGAAUUUUGUGCACAUAGCUGCAAAUGAUCACAUGUACAAAGUGAAAUGUGCGUGUUGCACCAAUUGUUUUUUCUCCCUUGUGAAGGCAUCCGGGGCUUUAUCAUAUGUAAUAUAUCACUGAGUGCCUGUUUGUAGAUACAUGACUGUGAGGUAUAUAAAGUACAGAUCAUUAAAACUGAAGAUUAUUCAGCAAGCAAUGAGCGCCUAACAUACUAGUCAUGCAACACAACGAAUAAGAAAGGAAGACCGAACGAACUUCAAACUGAACUUUAGCUACUUGCACUUGCUAUGUAGUCCAUAUUUGUAUCAAGAUGCAAGUAAACAGGUAGGGAAACAGUCACCAAACAAAGCUAUUGAUAGAAAUUGUGCUGAAUUCCUUGCUAUUCAUUGAAAGUGAAACAAAGUAAAGUACCCGUUAGUCCAAAGUUACAUUCCCAGGCCAGAUUUUGACAUCUGGAAAUUCAGCUUGCUUGAGUAAGAUUAAGAACUCUAAAACUCUACUCAAUGACCGUUGUCAUCUGAUAAUGGAAGAAAGUAGUUUUCUGAAAAGUUGCAUGCUCUUCCUGUCCUGCAAGGAGAGGAGCAGGAAAUUGUAAGAUGCCAUGCUGCUGCACAAACGCUAUUUGCGUUCCUUGUCGAAUUUGCACCACAAUACAAUAAUAAGGGAUAAACAUUGCUUCCCAAGUUGUUGUGCAGAUAUUUGUAUAGAAAUAGAUGCCUAAAGUGCACUGGAAAGGUUUUUUUGAUUUCUUCAGUUAUCGACACGUGCAUGCCGCUUUUAUACAAAGCUUGCACACGACGAACUUUCGCGCGCCACACUGGAGCCAGAAGCGCCCCGUUAAUGUAGUGUAGGCUACGCUAUCACGCCCCAAACAACCAGUGUGACUCGCCAAGUUAUGUCAAAUUGUCAGUACCAGAACUCUAUAUAAAAUGUACAUUCAAAGACGCAUCGUUCAGCACAAGGCGAGGAGCAAAAAAGGCCAUGAGCGUACUCAAGGUCAUGUUUAUGGUUGGCUCAUGGUUGCUUGCUGGAAACCAAUCGCUCCAUUCUUCUUUCGUCCUGAGUUUCAAAAAAAAAAAGAAAAGGUUGAUAAUUCUUGGAUAAUUUUUUUUUUAUUGAAGCGGGGUGCGCAUGUUUUUACUUUGCGUGUUUUUUUAAAAUAAUUAUUGGGGCAUUUCGAUAAACAGUGUCAUAACUUCCUCUAAAGGAGGCUAUGAGAGUACCCUAGCUAAGGGCACAAAGUCAAGGAAACCUUUUUGGUGCAACUUUAGAUGCAGUCUUCGAGUAAACAAUUUUUGGAGCAUGCAAUUUGUCUCCAGCGUUUUCCCAACAUUAUUUCUGCUGCAUAUAAUUUGUCUCCAACGUUUACCCAGAGAAUUUCAGUAGCAUGUCAGGUAACCUGAUUUGCUUUUUGAUAACCUUUUUCUCGCUCUGAAACUUUCGGUAUUUAUGCAGCAUUGAUUUGCAAAACUCAUUGUUGGUGAAUAUUGAAAGCCUUUGAAUAAAGCAAGAUGUAGAUUAGCACUACCCAGAUAAUUAACCGCUCCGCUUGCCUUUCUAACCUAAAUGCUAAAUGAGCAUGCGGACAGUGUUGUUUAAUGGGAAGUACAAAAACAUGUUGCCUACGAGUGCGGCUGUGUUGCUUCUACAUGUUGGGCCUCUGAUAACAAGCGUUCGGUUUUAGACGAAAUUUGAACAGAAAUCAACGUAAUUUAAAAAUAUUGUUUGAACAGUGGUACAGAACGCUUGCAUGCAAGAUGCUACAGUGACAUUACAAUCAACACCACAUUAAUUCAAAACUGUACAAAGCUAGAUUGUAAAUGAUGCGACUGAGUAUAUUAUUUUAAUUAUCUAUUUAAGUCUAUUUUGAAGCGCGUACGCAUGACCAAAGCAAGAUAUAGACUAUUUUAUUUGUGUAUAUACGUAUUGUAAAAUACAGAAACAAUAAAAUUAUUGUUUGUAUGAAAAAUUG